UGCCCAGGCCUAGUGGCCACCUCCCCUCAGCCUUGGCCCUCAGCUCGGGGUGCAGCCCGGCGAGCAGGGAGGCUGGAAGGGAACGCCCACCCAGGUGCAGGAAGAGGGCAGAGCUCGUUCCAUCCCAGUAUGAGAGGCAGGGACCCCGCCCGGGGCAGGGCGAGCUCCUGGGCAGCAGGGGAGCUGGGCAGACGGUGGUCAGGGGGUUUCCAUAGGAUUCCCACUCCCUGGGUAACGCCACCGGAGAUUCACAAACUUCUGUUCGCAGAGAACCCGAGUUUCGCACAAAGUGAUCGAAAAGCGGAGGAGGGACCGCAUUAACCGCUGUUUGAACGAGCUGGGCAAGACGGUGCCCAUGGCCCUGGCGAAGCAGACCUCCGGGAAGCUGGAGAAGGCGGAGAUCCUGGAGAUGACCGUCCAGUACCUGCGGGCGCUGCACUCGGCGGACUUUCCCCGGGGAAGGGAGAAAGAACUGCUGGCCGAGUUUGCCAACUACUUCCACUACGGCUACCGCGAGUGCAUGCGGAACCUGGUGCACUACCUCACCACGGUGGAGCGCCCGGAGGCCAGGGACACGGAGUACGCGCGCAUCCUCGGCUUCCUGCAGUCCAAGGCGCGCCUGGGCGCCGCGCCCGCCCUCCCGCCGCCGGGGCCCCUCCCGGAGCCCGAUCUGUCCUGCCCGCUGCACCCCGCGGGGCCCGAGCUCGGGGGCCACGGCCCCGGGGAGGCCGCCUCGUUCCCGCAGGGGGCGGCCCCCGCGCCCCUCCCCUGGCCGCCCUACCUGCCUGGCGCGCCCGCGGCGCUGCCCAGCCCCCCGCAGCCGCACAGCCCCUUCCUGGCGCAUGGGCAGGGCCUGGACCGCCACUACCUCAGCCUGAUCGGCCACUCGCACCCCAACGGCCUCAGCCUGCACCCACCCCAGCACCCCCAGGCUCUCUGACAGCCGUCGCCCCUUUCCCUGGGCCCGGGCUGCGCUGCUCAGGAGACGCUGCAUGUUGUACAGAUGUAUAUAGGGCGCCAGCAAACGGGGGAUGGGGAAGGCCAAGGGCAAACCAAGUCUUCUGAAGAUCUCCCGGCAAUAAAUGUUUUCUGUUAAAGACCCA